GAAAGUCUCCACUCGCACAGAGCAGUCAACGAAGAAGCAAAGGAUCAAUGGUGUCAGAAUGGGAGCUGCUGAGGAGGAGCUGCUGGUGGCCAUGGCAAUGUCCCAGUCGCUCCACGAGGAGGCGGAGGCGGCAAAGGCCAGGUGGCUGUCGAGUGGGAGACAGAACAGAGCUCGGCAAGGAAGGAAGAACCCCAGAGGAGAGAAGAAGAGCCGCGUGAUGCCUCCGCAGUCACCGCCAACACUCUUGCUUCAGGACCCGGAGGAGGCCCGCAGACAGACGGAGGAGCGCGUGGCCUUGCUGCUCGCAGAAGCGGAUGAGUUCCCCGGCACCCCUCCUCUGGCCCCCAGCCGGCUCUUGGCCUCGGAGCUGUCCGGGAGAGCGGACUGGUCUGUGGCCUUGCCCAGAGGGCCGCCGUCCUCAUUGUGGGAACGCAGCUCUCUCGCCGGACCGUCUGCGCCAGGACCCCUCUGUGUGGCUGGCUCGACCCUUCCCGAUGGGCUGGGGCAGACAGAUCAGAGACCGAUGCCCAGCACAGCCUUGCCCUUGUUGGGCUCGGAGAGACCGGAGGCAACGGGGAUGCUUCUCCGGGGAAGAGGCCGUGGCACGGACCUUCGAGGCUCGAGGCCCCGGGAGGAGGAGGCGGCGGUGGUGGCGGAGGCGUCCAGCCAGGAAGAGGGAGGGGCCCUGCAGGAUCUGAUGGAGCUCGCUGGAGAAGGGCUGACGCUCACGCAGUGGAAUCCGGCGGCCCAGCAGGAGGAGGAGCCCGAGGGGAUGCCUGGCAAUGUUCCGCAGAGCCAUCAUCUCAAUCAGCCCCUAGAGGAGGAGAAGAAGAAGCCGCCGCCUCUGGGAAGCCUCACUCCGCCAGUCCUGCUGGGCUCCUUAGCCGCUGCCUUCAAAGGGAUGGUGAAUAACCCCCACCUGAGUGACGUCCAGUUCCAGGUGGGCAGCGGGGAGCUCUUCUAUGCUCACAUGUUUGUGCUCUAUGCCCGGUGCCCACAGCUCAUGGAAGCGGUGGAUCAGACGGGUUUCUGGGUGGCAGAAGAAGGAGAAGCGAAGGCCCGCCGGGUGCUGCUGAGUGAUGUCUCGGGAGAGGCCGCCAGGGUGUUCUUGAGCUAUCUCUACACGGCUGAGCACCUCGUUCCUCAACACGUCCUCUCAGACGUGGCUGCCCUGGCCGUCAGGUUUGGGGUGGCGGAGUUAGCUGCCCUGUGCGCAGCCCACGGUUGGAGUGAGCCGCCUGCCGCUGACACCUCUGGACGGGAGGAGGAAGAGGAGGAAAGAGUGGAGCAGUUUGAGAAGCUCCUGAAGUCCAUCUGGGUGGGCGAAGAGGAGGAGGACAGAGCUCUGCUGCCGGAGGAGCCGGGCUGUGAGAACAUGGUGGCUGAGCAGGAGCUGGAGGAGAUCUACGAGUUUGCUGCCACCCAGCGGAAAGCGCAGGAGGAGGAGGAGAGGCACAGCCGGGAGAGGCCCCGGGGGGCUGAGGCGGAGGAGGGGGGCCUGGGCCCGGAGUCAUCCCCUCUGCAGGGACAGGAGGCCGGGCCCAGUUGUCCUCUGGAGCCCCCACAAGAUGCCCCGGAGCAGAAGCCCCUGGGAGCAGCCAGCAGAAGGUGCCCGGAGGGGCUGCCGGAGCCGGCCGAGAAGAGCCUCCUGGCCACGUCUUGGGGGGCGGAGUCUUGGGAGCUUUUCCCAGGGAGUCAGAGCGGCAGGGAACCCAGCGAGGAUUGUGUCGCACUCCUUCAGUCUUCCACUCCCCUGGGACCGGAGCCACUUUCACAGAGCUUUUCCAGGGGUGGCUCCCCGGUGUCACUUGGGGUCCUGGCUGAGGAACUCCCAGCAUCUCCCCAAGAGAAGGGAGGUUUCCCCAGCGACCUCUCGCUCCCCCUCUUUUCCCCAGCGCCGCAAGAGGCCAGUGGGAAGCCCUGUCGCGGUGAAGAGCAGGGGCUUCCCGAGCCGCAGAGUGUGGCUUCUGCAGGAAGGGCUGCUAGCAGCGGUGCAGACAACACCGGCCGUGCCCCAGCCCCUCUGCCCUCCUUCUCCCCCCCUGUGGUGGACCCUGCGAGUGAGAGGGAGCUUGGCCAGGGGAAGUGGCCGGCAGAGGGGAUGGGACUGCCCCCUGAGGAGCGGGAGGCACUCGGAGCCGUGGGCGGUCAUCUCGGCCGGGAGGUGGACAGUGGCUGUUGCCAGGGCAGGAGGGCACCUCUGCUGGGAACGCCUCCAAGCAGUGAGGGAGGUGACGGAGGCCAGAGGAUUCGUGGGCCAGGCGCCCCUCUGUUCAGCCACGGGGCCCCAAGCGGUAGGCAGGUUGCAAAGCUUGGCUUGACCUCUGGGCCCGAAGCUCAGUGGCCUGGAGACGCGCAGGGCAGCGGUCCCACUCUGAAAUCUGCCCUGACCCCUUCCCCGAAGAGGCAGUCUCUGCAGGGCUGGCCCCCCCUGGGCCAGCGCUCUCCACCUCCGCUGUCCUCCGCCUGCCUGCCAGCAGAUGGGAAGUCUGCGGCCAAUGUAGUGGUGAUCCUGGAUGACAGCGAAGAGGAGGUGGAGGCAGCAGCACGGCCAUCCGUGGGGGACAGCUCUGUGCUGGAGGUGGAUCUGCCCGUUUUUGAGGAGGACAGCGGCCACCUUUUCCACGAGGCAAGUCCCAAGAGGUUGACGGCUGCAAAGGCCGGCUGUUGCCGGAUGGGCAGUCCGCCAAGGCCCUUGCUGAGGAGGAACGGCACGCCACCGGGUGGGAGUCGCACGGCUGGCAAGGAACCCUCGCCCCGCUCUGGGUGCCCGGAGGAGGGAAGCCGUGGCAGUGAUGGAAGCCGCAGUCGGAGGCUGGACUUUUGGGGCCAGGGUGCUGAGACGGAGGUCCUGCCUCUCCCCCGGAGGCUGCCUGUGCCGGUGCCCGUUCCCAAGACGCCAGAUCUUUUCUGCCAAGAGAGGGAAGCCCUUUGCACGACCCCACCCACUCCUAUGCCAUCUUACUCCAUCAUGGAGACCCCGGUGCUCAAGAAAGAACUGAGCAGGUUUGGGGUCCGCACUCUGCCCAAGCAGCAGAUGGUACUGAAGCUGAAGGAGAUAUUUCAGUACACUCACCAAAGAUCUGACUCCAGAGAUGCAGCCGCAUCCUCACAGCCGGGCUUGUGCCAUGGGACCCAGGCAGCCCUAAGAAGUCUGACAUCAGCCGCUGCCCGCAGGGGCUUUCCCCAGCAGCUCCCCGCCUGUCCUGCGCUUCCGCGGGUGCUCCUGGCUGGGGAGUGCUUUGGGGGCUCCUCUGGAGGAGGUGAUCAAGGGCAGAUGGCCAAGCGGGGCUGUUUGCCGGCUGGGGCAGGAAGGCGGAAGAGAGCAGCAGAGGGUCCCGCUCGAAGUGGCCAGGCCCUGGCGGCAUUUCAGAAGGCAGGCGGACUCUCAGGGGCCGCCAGUGACAUGUCUGUUGUUCUGCAGAGUUCUUCCACUGAGUUUGAGACCAGCGUGCUGGCUGAGGAGGAGGAGGAGGAGGAAGACAUCCCAGCCUCCCAGGCAACCUGCCGCGAGGCAGCUGCGAUGGUGGCGUUGCGGCAGUACAUCUGUUCCAGGCCGGCACUCCGCCGACAGAUUCUGUUCUACCAGCCCUUUGAGCUUGCUCGACUGCAGUCUGAACUGAAGCAGAGCGGCAUAAGGGUUGCCCUGGGCAGGCUGCUAGAGUUCCUGGACGCUCACUGUAUCACCUUCACCACAGCAGAAGCCCGGAGAGAGAAGAAGCAGCAGCAGCAGGGCGCACGCUGGGGGAGAGGGAGGGGGAAGAGAUACUGAGGGGCUCGUACGGGACGGGUCAUCGGCAGGCCAUUGCCCCCCCCCUCCCUUUUCACAGCCUUUUGCUUCCUCUGUUCAUGUUUCUUCUUUCUUUGUGAGUCCCGGAGAGGCUGGGUGGCCAGCCAGUGCCCUGGCAGAACCCUUGGCCUUUCAGGAGGAGGAAAUAGCUCCUUCUCCUGUGGACUUGGGCUUCUGAGGAAGACUGAGAGCACGGGGGGGUGUGUGUGUCGGAGUAUCUUGUCCACUCAGGUUUUUCUUUCUUCUUCAGGGUAGUCUUGCCUCAGUGCUGCCUUAGCCUAGUAGCAAAAACAUCUGUGCUCUAUCUCAUGGGUUUCUGUACUAAAAAUGUUGUCGUG